GUCUCCAACGCGUCUUUCCUCAUAAAACCUCGUCUGCUCCCACAGCCAUCCCACCCUCUCCCAGCGAAUUUUGGACCGAGACCUUCCAGCAAGCAUGAGCGCCAAACGAAAAGCCUCCGUCUUUGAGGAGGACAUGUUCCACUUCCAACCAAACACCAUUCCUUCCACGCCCUCCGUGACAUCAUCCCCUCUGUCCUCAACCAGCAGCACGAUCUCGUCCAACUGCGACGCGCACCCUUAUGACUUCCUCAAGGUCAAGGCCGUCCCUUACCUGAACAGCCGCACGCGCAAGAGAUAUCGCGACGAUAGACCGAACGAGGAGACAAUUCACGAGAAUACCUUGAGGAAGCUGUACGAAGCCCAACGGCUGCAUCUCGACGAAGCAAUGCCGAUGUCGGACGUGAUAUCACUCGGUGAAGACGGCUUGCCGAUGGACGAAGCCGACGCCGAGAUGACCGACGAUGUUCCAGAGGCGGAGAUACCGCAGACCGCUCAAUCAAACCAGAGAACGAUAGACGCCUUUUUCGGUGGACGAGGAGGUUCACAGGCCAGGCCAGACACGGUCGACCUGCCGCCGAACCCUUUCGUCUCGAUGUCUGGUGCUUCCAACAGACAACGACAACAGAUUCAGAGGACCUGUUCGGACUACUGGGACAGUCUGAACAUGCGAUCCGUCCAUGACUCUGCCGCUGCCCGGUGAUCAACUCGAAGUUGUUUUGGCGACAAAGGCCACAUCACUUCGCAGCGUGAGCAGUACACCUGCAUGCUGUGGGACUAUGGUAUAUCAAGAUCUAUGAGCACAACGAGAAGGAGCUUCUGUGUGGAAUGUCGGCGAAAACAUGUACAUUGACGAGGACGAGGUUGCCGACGCCGCCACCCGGGGACUGCAAAAGAGCGAGUUGCUAGCCAGGUUGGAAGUACCAUUCAUACCAAUGUUCUGGCGACUCUGCCUGCAGAUUCCGAAGCAGGAGAUGUUGGUCCACCUGAGACCGACAGGUCGAGGUGUAAAAUGUCUGGAUCGCGCGGGUCCAUUUCAAGAGUCAAUGUACGAGUCUCCUGCGUAAUUGGACUUUAUAUCAGUAAACCGAUCACAGGGUGUGGGGCUGAAUCCAGCGUGUAUACUGCCCUGUAUUGCGGCG